AAGAAAAAAAAAGGAAAGGAAAAUGAAUAAAUGAAACAACGAAGUGUAUCUCUUAAGCCGGAGAGCAACUACUAGGAAAAAACCGAGAGGUGAAAUGAACCUGCUCCUGCUGAUUCACCUACCGGCUCAGCAGCAGCAGCAGCAGCAGCAGCUGAUAGAUAAACGAAACGCAUCCAUCACUCUGCUGCUGUCUAGCCCAAACUUCCCGUACUGUCCACUGGCGACGAGACGAGACGAAACGCAUCCGUCACUCUGAUGCUGGUCGUCCCGUUGGUCUUGGCCAUCAGACGGAGACGAGAUCAUCUUUGGCGUGCUCAUUUUUUUGAACCGGAUCUUGGCGUGGUCAUGGACGGCCAAGAUUCGCCCGUCGACUUCCGAGACGGUUUCACACCGCGCCAGAGAUCCCACGCGCAGAGGUCGGUCGGUCGGUCAAUCACAUGCGUGAACACUGGUGAGCGAGCGGUAACGUACAGCCGCAGCUGGAUCUCAUCUCAUCCGGGAGGAAGAGAAGUCUCCAAAGUCGAAAAGCACCUCCACCUCCACUUCCACUGAGCAGCUCACUACACUACCCCCAAGUCCCCACCCCCGUCUUUCCGCUCGGGCCGCGCACAUGCCACCCAACAGCAUUAUUGUGCCCUCGUAAAGCGGCGCAAGCCAACAAAGAGCGCCACGCGCACACACUAGCAGCAGCAAGGGAGGAGUACGAUGCCGCAGCAGCAACCACCCCUCCCGCUCCCGCCGCGCAUGCGCCCGCCGACGGACCGCGAGCCUGCCAUGGCCGGCCCGCCGCCUCCGCGCCAGCGGCUGGGCCAGGCUCCGAGGCCGUUCCGCGCGGCGGAGGAACCCACGGCCCGCGGGCCUCCUCCCGUCGUCGCCGACAGGGCCAGGCCGCCGGAGCCGCGGCCCCGGCCGAGCCUCGCGGAGGAGGGCCGCGCGUCUCACGAGGCUCUCCUCGCCAACGUCGCCAGGCCAGCGGGGAGGCAGGAGGGCCGCGCCGCUCGGGAGGCUCCCGCUGCAGCCGCCGUCGCAAGGCCGCCGGAGCAGCAGCACGGAGCGCCGGAGGGCCGCGCGACUCGGGAGGCUCCAGUCGUCCCCGUUGCCAGGCCGCCGGAGAAGCUGCACGACGCGCCGGAGGGACGGAAGGCUCCUCGGGACGCUCCAAUCGCCCCCGUUGCCAGGUCGCCGGAGCAGCUGUAUGGCUCGCCGGAGGUUCGCGCGGCUCGGGAGGCCCCCGUCGCCACAGUGGCUAGGCCUCCGGAGCCGCGGCCGGGGCCGUACUACGUGCCGGGGGGCGGCGCGGCGGCUCCCGUCGCAACCACGGACAGGCCGCCGGAGACGAGCCCGAGCCCGUGGCCGUACCCGUACUACUACGAGCCGGAGCAGCGCCCUCCGCGGCGCCGCACCUCCGCCCUGGCGUCCUGCCUCAUGGCGGCGGCCUUCCUCCUGUUCGCGGCCGGCGGGGCGGCGACGGCGCUGUUCCUCCUCUUCCGACCGCAGCCGCCCGAGAUCGCCGUCGCGGCGGUGCGGCUGCCGUCCUUCGCGGCCGCCAACGGCACGGUGGCCUUCACAUUCGAGCAGGUGGCCUCCGUGCGCAACCCGAACCGCGCGCCGCUCGCGCACUUCGACAGCUCGCUCCGCGUCGCCUACGCCGGCGGCGAGAUCGGCUCCAUCUACAUCCCCGCGGGCCUCAUCGACAGCGGCAGCACCAAGCACUGGUCCACCACCUUCGCUGUGCCGGCCUUCCCCGCGGCCACCCCGCCGCCGCUGGACAUGGCCGCGCAGCAGCCCGCCGCCGCGGCUGCCGUGAUGGAGGUGGACUCGCUGCUAGUGGUGAAGGGCAAGGUGAUGGUGCUGCGGGUGCUGACGCACCGGGUGCAGGCGUCCAAGGUGUGCCGCGUCGGCGUCUCGCCGAUCGACGGCAGGGUGCUUGGCUUCCGCUGCUGACCCGCAGCCGCUUCUAGUUCGGGGUUCGGGGGUUCAACUGUAAGAAAUUAAUUAAGGCAGGAUUUUAUAGGAAACAAGGCAGUAUCAACUGCAGUAGAUUCGUCCGAAAUUGCCAGAAUCAUGUUGAUUUUCCGUGUCAAAACAUUUCACCCAACAAAUUUGGCAAAUUUGAAAUGAAUUUGACAUAGCCUGUUCUCCAGUA